AUGAGGACACAGUAUGGUAUUUUGCGUACUGAUCGCUCGCCUUCUAGGAUGGACUCUUUCGUUAAGACUUUAGAAGAAGAGCGGAAUCAUUAUAAAGCCGAGUUGGAGAAACUGGAGAGAACACUUAAUCUGAGAGCAAGCUCGCAAAACCUUUCCAGGCUGGAGUCAAGCAGAAGGCACAGCUCCCCUGACAAGAGCACAGGAUACACUUCUGAUCUUUGGCGAAUCACCAGGGAAAGAGAUGAGCUGCAGGAAAUGUUGGAUAGGUUUGAAAAACACAUGAUCGAGAUUCAGUCCAAUGUAAAAGUGCUCACAAUGGAAAGGGACAAGUGUCGGGGGCUUUAUGAGCAG